UCUGCAUCAACUGCGACUUGCGCAUCUGCCCUGAUCAGCCCAGCCCGCCGCAUCCACGCAAUAGACCUGACCGCAGCAACCGCUCUGCCGUCUAUCAUUUGAGCAUCAAACUCCAAGCCCGUCUCGCAUACCUGUUUGUCACAGGUUCUGCUUUAUCAAAGUGCUUCUCCGAUGCGUCUUACCCCGGCCAACCUUGGAGACCGAUGUCCUGGACAGAAUCUGCGGGAUGUCAAGGACAUCAAUUGCUCCGGCAUGGGCAUCACCCACAUUGACGACAUCUCGUUUGCCGUCAACCUGAGAAAGCUCGAUUUGUCGGAAAACGAUAUCCGGCAUGCUGAUGCCUUGAGUGGCAUCAAAUACAAUAUGGCGCUCUCGUACCUAACCCUGAAGGGCAACAAGCUCGAGACCCUGGAGGGAUUUUCGACCCUCAAGAACCUGACUGUCCUCAACCUCAGUUUCAAUGAAGUCACCCGGAUAUCGAGCCACAUUCAGUCGUGCACAUCCUUGAAGGCACUGAUCUUGAACAACAACAGCAUAACAGUCAUCGAGAACCUCACCAAACUCACCAAGCUCAACACCAUCGUGCUCUCUCACAACAAAAUCGACGCCAUCUCGGGGCUUGGCUCGUUGGCGGAGCUCACAAAGCUCUCUGUUGCCCACAACAACAUCCACCAGUUCCCGGACCUGACCAAGAACAGCCAGAUCCGAGAGAUUCGGCUGAACGACAACAAGAUCUCGUCCAUCCCCGAGACAAUCCGGUUCCUCCCGUCACUCGAGAUCUUGGAUUUGGGCAAGAACCAGAUUGCCACCUUCGCUGACAUUGCUCCGCUGUCAUCGCUCAUCAAGCUCACCCAUCUCAACCUGAAGGGCAACCCAAUUUGUGAGAAGGAGAACUACCGCGAGUCGAUUCUGAAGAUGCUCCCGAGCCUCCGCAUCCUCGAUGGCGACCGGUUUGAUCCCAAGUUCCAGGAGCGCAAGAAGAAACGCGAGAGCAUGAAGAUCAAAAAGAUCAUCAAGGAGAAAAAGAGUCAGGAGCGCGAAAAAGCGACGGCUGAGCCCGUCCAGUCCGCCCAGCCCGCAAAGGUCGCCAAGAAGCGCAAGCCGGUGCCUGAAGACGAGGAUAAGGAGGUCGGUCUGAGUGGCGAAAAGCACUCCAAGCCCGCGGCGGAGAAGCGCCCUAAGCCUGCCAAGAAACAGAAGCUGGAGGAUGCACCCGCCAAGCCGGCAACUCCAUCGACCUUCAAGGGCCAGGGACCUCGUCCCCUGCAUCUGCUGGGCACCGAACCAGAGAAGAAGCUGAAGAGAAAAGAUAUCCGCAAGCAGAUGGAGAUGCAGGCUAAAGAGACGGCCAAGGUGACCAAGGACUCCAAAGCAGCAGCAGCAGUAACUUUGACCAAGGUGCCGAGCUCUAAGCGUCCGCUUUCGGGAGAGCGGAAGCGGAACUCCCGUCAAGGAGAGCUACCGUCGGCCAAGAAAUCACUCAAGAGCACCGAGGACGACUUUUUCGUGUCCGAGCCCAGUCUUCACCCCAAGCCUCGGAUGGUAUCCAAACCCGUGGCCGGACCUCAGUCUGCCAGGAAACCUGAUCAGUCGGCGGCGAAUCUCGAGCCCAAGCCCCCGACACCAUCUCCAGCCUCCUCGGCGCCAUCGUUCCUGGCGGGUACAGCCACCGUUCCUGUCACCAAGUCCAGCGUCAGUGCCGGUAAGGCAGACCAUCACAACGACUCUGAUCGAUCCGGCGUGGUCGCAGUCAUCAAUGCCAAAGGAGACAAGGGGCGCAAGUCAGGAACUGUGCAAGCGACAUCCGCAGUGGCAGCGACGCCGUUCGAUCCCUCGAUGCUGCAGCCCACAUCGACAUCUGAGUUCUCUGGACAGGGCGGAUGGGACUAACUGCUUGCCCAUCCCAUCGCGCGAAUCGGGAACG